UUUACAGGAAAUUAUCCUCACAGACAUCUCAGCAAAAACAAAAAACAAAAAAACGGUUACUGUGUGUUACACUGUUACUCUAUCCUUGAGGGGAAGAUCGAAGGCUGGCUCUCUCCAAGUAAUAGACAUCUGUGGAACAUUGUACAGGGGGAUGGAGAGUUAAAGUUGGAUCCACCUUAGCGCCCUUCUAUUUCUAGAAAGUUACCCAUGCGCUGCCUCAGAUUUUUCUCUUGAGUAAGGCAACAUUUCCCCCGAAAAUUAAUGUUUCUUGAAAAUCUGUUACCCUAAAAGAGGAUUCUCGGAAUUUUCCCACAUUCUGAACCGCCUGGUAUAGUGCAAGCUCCCCAUGAUUGGUCCGUGCGGGUGGCGUGAUAUUUUGGAAUACCCGGCAUUCCACUCCUGCGUACAGACUGGUUUCCUCGCUUCUCCCCAACAUGCUGACUUUUCCCGGGUUCUUCCCUCUCCUCUGCUCCCUUCUAUACCCCUGAAAGCCUCGCCGGUAGAUACCCUGCGCUACUACAGUAUUACGCUCCCUUCCCCUCCCCCGUGUUUCAUUCAUGCAUUUACUGUACUGUGGACCAGAUGCCGGUGACCGUUGACAGACGUCAGCAAGCUAUUGACGUCCGAUGUUGUGCUCAAUUCGAGGAUGGAGAAAUUGCGAUCGUUGGAUUUCGCAACUCCGAAGUGCUGUGUCCGGCUUGUAGCCGUAACAAUAUCUUGGGUACCCGUGAGUCCCGCACGAUGAGUGCAGUGCCUCAUGAAAGCCAAGUGGGGCUGAUGAAAAAUGAAAGUUCGCAGACCACCAAAGAUGCUUUGUCCGAGGAAACUCAGCCUCGGCUUACUCGUCGUCAACUCGUCACCGUCUCUGUUCUGUGUUUCGUAAAUCUCAUCAAUUACAUGGACCGGUUCACGUUGGCCGGUAUCUUGACGGAUUUACAAUGUUACUUUGGCAUAGGCGACGAUGAAGGCGGUCUUUUGCAAACCGUAUUCAUUUUGAGCUAUAUGAUUUUUGCUCCUUUAUUCGGAUAUCUCGGCGAUCGUCAUUCUAGGAAGUUCAUCAUGGCUUUAGGAGUAUUUUUAUGGAGUCUAACUACGUUUAUUGGAUCAUUUAUGACUGGUUUUGGGUGGUUCAUUUUCUUCCGAGCGAUGGUUGGUAUCGGCGAGGCAAGCUAUUCAACCAUAGCCCCGACCAUCAUCUCAGAUAUGUUUGUAAAAGACAUGCGAUCAAGGAUGCUGGCGUUGUUUUAUUUUGCGAUACCGGUGGGCAGCGGGCUCGGCUAUAUCACCGGCUCGAAAAUGCGAGAAUCGUUUGGUGCUUGGCAAUGGAGCCUUCGAGUUACUCCAGCUAUGGGUCUGUUGGCGAUAAUCUUCAUAAUUUUCUUCAUGGAUGAUCCACCACGAGGUGAAAGUGAAGGGGCACAUCUGCAACCAACGUCGUGGGGACAAGAUAUCAAAGCCCUAUGCAAGAACGCAAGUUUUAUGCUCUCCACGAUCGGUUUCACGUGCGUGGCGUUUGUUGCUGGAGCUCUGGCGUGGUGGGGUCCUAAAUUUAUUGCCCUUGGUAUGGCAGCUCAAGGAAAUACAGAUGUUGGCCGAGAAAAUCAGGUUGCAUUCAAGUUUGGUCUUAUCACAAUGAUCUCUGGGAUUCUUGGUGUACCUCUUGGAGCAUUCAUUGCCCAGAAAUUGAGGCCGAAGUGGGAUAAAACGGACCCAAUGGUCUGUGCAAUUGGCUUGCUGCUGUCGGCGCCCCUCCUUUUCUUUGCCUCAAUUUGUGCCGAGUAUAAUACUCCUGCAGCCUUUGCGCUUAUUUUUUUUGGGGAAUUGUUCCUAAAUCUCAACUGGUCUGUGGUAGCUGAUAUUUUGUUGUUUUCAUUGAUUGAUCGCAUUGAAGUCACAACCUUUACGCUGAAAUACAUGUUUCAGUACGUAGUGAUUCCAACGAGGAGAUCAACUGCAGAAGCUUUCCAAAUCCUUAUUUCACAUGCGUUUGGCGAUGCAGGGAGCCCUUAUCUCAUAGGGCAGGUUUCAGAGAUUCUGAAAGAAUCAUACGGCGGUGGUUCGCAAGGUGUGGAAUUAGUUGCAAAUGCUACAUCGUGUGGAGGACAUGCUUCCGUUACAUCCACGAACCCAAUCGUUGAAUUUCGCAGCCUCCAAUACGCGCUCUUCAUCUGCGUGUUCGUGGAAGUGCUUGGCGGACUUUUCUUCGUGAUGAAUGGAUGGUUUAUCAAGGACGACCGAAAUCGAGUGCAGCAAGUCAUCACCGCAGGUGAGUCUGGGAAGCUGAACGAAGAGGGAUUCUACAUGGAAAUGACGACGGCGUAGAUCUCUUUUAUUCAUACGCUUGUGAUUGCUUUGCAAGAACCACUUGAAAAGCGUGACCGUUAAAUUUUGUGGGAGAACGCGUUAACUUGUCUUCUGACAGCCGCGUGGCCAGUUGCUCAGAGAAAAUUUGCCCAGAUUCAUCAAAUGGGACCUGAUCAGCCACAAAACGGAGAAAUGUCUUUGAAAGUUUGAAGCGUCUAUAAAUCGUUGGUUGUUUCAUUUUGUGAACUGGAUUUGAGGUGGAAUUUCUGUCAAUGGCCGACAAAUUGCAGACAACAAGAUCUAGCAAAUAUUGGCAAAUUGAAGAGCUUUUUUCUUUUCUGCCGUUGGGAGUCUCAAGCUUGAAACCUUCUUGUCGAAUUUUUCCUCCGAAGAUUCAGGAUUAAGGGUUCAAAUUAUUUUUUGACCAGGUGAUAUUAUUUCGUAAACGUUCACAUUUCGUGAAAUUGCGAGGUUUUUCCUCUUCGUCAUUUUAAACUACUGAAGCAUGAGAACAAAAUAUGCUGCCCUGGUUUAGAAUGAAAUUAUUUCACGUGCGUCCGAAGAACUGAGCCGUCAUUUGCGUCAAGUCUGAAUUGGUGAAACCAAAUUUUUUGUUUCAAGAUACCGGCGAAAAGCGUCCACUGCUUGAUCGAGCUA